AUGUGGAGGGAUUCUACGACCGUUAUCAGCUGGUUAAACUCCGAGAACCGCCGCUAUAAACCAUUCGUAGCGCAUCGUAUCGCGGAGAUACUUGCCGUAACUCACCCGUGUGACUGGAAAUGGGUUCCUACAAGCGCGAAUGUUGCUGGCGAUGCAACACGCCACAGCCGUCAUAUAGACUUAUCUGAAACUUCUCGUUGGUUCAAGGGACCAGAAUUUUUAUCAUUGGGAGUGGAAGAUUGGCCAAAACAUUCUACUGAAACUACCACAGCUGAAACUACCACAGAAACAACUACCGAAGAGUUGUCACCGCGACCAUUGCUUAUCCUCUUUAACAGUACAAUUUUCAAUUUUAACAGAUUUUCUUCUUACAACAGACUCAAGAGAUCAACAGCAUGGGUAUUAAGAUUCGUCAACCGCAGCCGACGCAAGAAUUCGCCUGUAGAAUUUUAUGGGCUAAGCGCAUCCGAAGUCAACGCGGCCGAAAAAUUGCUAUGUCGCGUGGCGCAAGAAGCUACCUUUCCUGCGGAGAUCACUGCACUACGAGUAGGACAACCGCUAGGUAGUGACAGUACGAUCAACAAUUUAGCACCGUUUAUUGACGACGAAAAAAUUUUACGCGUUGGUGACCGUUUAGAAGCUGCUACUUGGCUUCCAUUCGAUUGCCAACAUCCCAUAAUUUUACCAGAGAAGCACCAGCUUACUAUUCUAAUCGUUACCCAUUAUCACGAGCGAAUGAAACAUCAGUACUUUGAAGCAACAAUUGGGGAGAUUCGCCAGAAGUUCUGGAUCACCCGCAUACGUCAAGUUUUAAGAAGCGUUGUCGCGAGUUGCAUCGUUUGCAGAGCUUCCCGUGCAAAACCCUCACCGCCGAUUUUGGGUACACUGCCGAAGGAUCGCUUAACGCCAUACGUAAGACCAUUCAGCUACACGGGCAUAGACUACUUCGGCCCUUUGAACGUAACUAUCGGCCGUCGAACUGAAAAACGAUGGAUCGCUCUGUUUACAUGCCUCACGGUGCGAGCUAUACAUUUGGAGGUAGCAGCUGAUUUGUCAACGGAUUCGUGUAUUCUUACCAUUAGAAAUUUUAUCAAUCGGCGUGGCGUCCCAGUCCGAAUGCGCAGCGAUAACGGAAAGAACUUCGUUGGCGUCAAGGAAGAAGCAAAACGCUUCGAUGAGGUGUUUGACUGUGAGCAAAUACAGACCGAAUUAUCUAAAAGAGGAAUUGAUUGGGUGUCUGCCCUGAUAACCCAUCGGAAGGUGGAGUGUGGGAACGCAUGGUGCAAUGCGUUAAACGUGUCCUCCGGCACACCUUGA